AUGGAAGGGCAGACAGCACCUCUUGAUCCCCAUGAAGGCAACCCUGGUUUGUCCCUCUUUGCAGCCCACACCUUGCAAUGUUACACAUGCCAGGAGCCGAUGAGCGCCCCCCUGUGCAUGACCAUCAGCAACUGCUCCACGGAUGACAUCAUGUGCAAGACAGUAAUGUACUCCCGAGAGGAAGUUUACCCCUUCGCGGGCGACUCAACUGUCGUCAAGUCGUGCGCUCAGAAAUGCAUCCCAUCCGACGUGGAUGAGAUCGGGAGUUCUCGCCCCACCUUCUGCUGUAACUCUGACUUGUGCAACCAGGAUGGGGCGGUCAGCAUACAAAUCAGCUACGUGGCGAUGGGGAUUUCAGCCAGUUUCCUCUGCAUCCUCCUCAGGACUGGGCUGUGAGGAGCCAGGCAGGUGAAGCCUUUACUCCCAAAGAACCACCCAACAAGAACCAAGCCCCUCUUGGCUGCGCUUGCCAUCUGCAUUCCCAAUGGGUGGUCUUGGACACUUUUAGGAAGAUGCUUCUUCACUUUCUUAGACACAGUGGCCUCUUGGAAAGAUGUUAUCUCUGCAUUCCUGUCCCUGCCGAUAAAGGGACCUGGCUCAGGAAUGCCCAGUUGGACAAUCUCUCUACCGGCUCCUUGCUAAAUUAAAUUAAAUGCUAAUCUGUACUGGAAUGUCUUUGUUGUGUCAAUUAGUUGUGGAAAAUUCCAUGGCACACCCAGUUACUCAAGACCUAACGAUUUGAAUUAAGUGCAUAAAUUAAAUGCAUGACUGUUGUGACCAACACCCCUAGCAAAUGGCUAUUUCACAAGACCCUGUUCUACAGACAUCAUUGCUAAAUGACCAGUUUGGGGUGAA